AUGAUUAAUCUCCUGAACGAAUACCAGGAUAUAUUUGCCUGGACUUACGCCGACAUGCCAGGGUUAGACCCUGAUAUUGUAGAGCAUGCCCUUCCGACCGAUCCUAAUGUGCCACCUAAAAAACAGAGGCUCAGAAGAACGAAGCCAGAGUUGUCUAAGAAAAUCGAAGAGAAAGUCAUGAAGUUGUUAAAAGUGGAUUUCAUUGAAGUGUCACAUUAUUCAGAUUGGAUAGCAAACAUUGUACCUGUCAUGAAAAAGGAUGGGCGAGUCAGGGUGUGCGUAGAUUAUUGUGACCUGAACCGAGCUAGUCCAAAAGACGACUUCCCACUCCCGCAUAUUGAUGUUUUAGUCGACAGUACGGCGGGAUUUGAGUUAUUCUCAUUCAUGGAUGGUUUUUCUGGAUACAACCAAAUUCGUAUGAAGGAGGAAGAUAGGAGCAAAACAUCGUUCAUAACCCCUUGGGGAACUUUCUGCUACAAAGUGAUGCCUUUCGGUCUGAAGAACGCUGGGGCAACACAAGGCAAAGACCAUGUUGAGGUCUUGCGGAAACUGUUCGAACGUCUUCGGAAGUUCCAGCUACGCCUCAAUCCUGCAAAAUGCGUUUUUGGAGCGAAAUCAGGGAAACUGUUAGGGUUCAUGGUCAAUAGUAAGGGCAUAGAGAUUGACCCGUCAAAGGUAAAGGCUAUCUGUGAUUUACAACCCCCGACUACCACUAGGGAAGUCCGCAGUCUGUUGGGACGACUCAAUUAUGUAUCAAGGUUCAUCUGUCAGUUGUCUGAAACAGCGAAGCCAUUCUUCAAGCUCCUGAAAAAGAAUGCAAAGAUUGAGUGGGAUGCUGAGUGCCAGAACGCCUUCGAGAAGAUAAAACACUAUCUCACUCACGCACCAGUCCUAGUGCCUCCUCUCCCUAAAAUUCCUCUGGUUCUGUACUUAACCAUACAUGACGAAUCAUUGGGAGCCAUGCUAGCACAGAAAAGACCAAAUGACAAAAGAGAAUGCGCGAUAUACUACUUGAGCAAGAAGUUCACCAUUUCGGAAAUGAACUACACAGAAGUUGAGAGAACUUGCGUGGCUUUAAUUUGGGUUUUGCAUAGGCUGCGGCAAUACACACUUCAUCACCGAAUCUUAUUGGUGACCGAAAACGAUCCCAUCAGGUAUCUCUUAGAGAAACCGGCAUUAGUGGGCAAGUUAGCUAAAUGGCAAAUCUUAAUUUCAGAGUUUGACGUUCAGAGCCUAGGACAAAAGUCUGUUAAAGGUCGCGCCAUAGCAGACAUGUUAGCGGAAAGUUCCAAGGGGUUCGGAGCAUCUAAUGAAGAAUGUGAUGCGGAGGAGCGAAUUCUACUUGUAUCCAGCGACACAUGGACGAUGUACUUCGAUGGUGCAGUUAACUUAGCUGGGUCUGGUACUGGGGCGGUCCUUAUUUCCCCAGAUGGACAACACUACCCUGUUGCCGCUAAAUUGACAUUUCCUUGUACGAAUAACAUCGUUGAAUAUGAAGCAUGCAUUCUCGGUCUCCAAGCUGCCGUUGAUAUGAAGAUUCGGAAGCUGCAAGUUUAUGGUGAUUCAACCCUUAUCAUCUUACAGACCGAAGCUGGGGGCUUGGACAUUGAACCGUUGAAAAUUGAAAUCCUUCGGCGCCCGGCUUAUUGUAUGACGGUUGAAGAGGAACCAGAUGGACAACCUUGGUAUCACGACAUCUUGAAGUAUCUACAGAAAGGUGAAUUCCCCGAAGGAAGUGAAGCAGCAGACAGAAAGCAUUUGAUAAAGUUAGCACCAAAAUUCUUCACUAGUGGAGAUGUCCUCUACAAAAGGUCAUUCGAUUCGACAUUGCUAAGGUGCGUCGAUGCCAAAGAAGCCAAUCGUUUGAUGAAGGAAAUACAUGAAGGGGAGUGUGGCCCCCACAUGAAUGGUCACCUCUUGGCAAGAAAGAUCAUGCGACUCGGCUACUCUUUGGUUGACAAUGGAAUCCAUUGCAUACAACAUGUGCGAUGUUGUCACCAAUGUCAAAUUUAUGGGGAUAAGAUAAACGCUCCACCAAAUGAGCUUCACCAAAUGUCCCAGUCUUGGCCCUUCUCUAUGUGGGGAAUUGACGUGAUCGGGCCCAUCAAUCCCAAGGCGUCAAAUGGACAUCGAUUUAUCUUGGUAGCAAUCGACUACUUUACGAAGUGGAUUGAAGCCAACUCGUACGCCAAUGUCACUGCCAAGAAUGUAGCCAAAUUCAUUCGCCGCGAUAUUAUCGCCCGUUAUGGGGUACCGGAGGCGAUCAUCACUGACAAUGGGUCCAACUUAAACAACAAAGUUGUAAAUGACUUGCUUGAUGAGUUUCGAGUUCGCCAUUUGAACUCAUCACCAUAUCGUCCUCAAAUGAAUGGGGCAGUUGAGGCAGCAAAUAAGAACAUAAAGAAGAUCUUGGCAAAGACUGCUGAAAAUUAUCGCGAUUGGCACGAAAGGCUUCCUUACGCACUGAUGGCAUACCGAACAUCUAUUCGCACCUCCACAGGGGCAACUCCUUUUUCGUUAGUAUAUGGAAUGGAGGCUGUCCUGCCAAUAGAAGUCGAGAUUCCCUCGUUGAGGGUCAUUUCUCAGUCAAAGCUCGAUGAAGCCGAAUGGAUACAGCAGAGGCAUGAGCAGCUAAACAUGAUUGAUGGGAAGAGACUGAAGGCAAUAUGUCAUGGUCAAUGCUAUCAGAAAUGGGUCGCGAAGGCCUUCAAUCAGAAGGUUCGUCCUAGGCACUUUGAGGUCAAUGACUUGGUGCUAAGGAAAGUCCUGCCGAUCAUCCCAGAUCCUCGUGGCAAGUUUACCCCGAACUAUGAGGGACCUUAUGUCGUUAAGAAGAUCCUCACAGGUGGUGCUAUGGUUUUAGUUGAAAUGGAUGGCCGUGAGCUGUCUAAGCCUGUAAAUGCCGAUGCUGUGUCCAACCAACUUGAUGAAGUUACAACAGAAUGGAAGAAGUUGAUCGUUGCCCCUGAAAGGUUGAUUCAAAUGGCUACCCAACCUCUGCAAAGGCAGUCGGGAGGCAGCGAUACCACGAUAGUAACCGUGAUAAGGGCAUUCUCGCUGAUCCUGAACAACCUUCCCAUCUUGAAGAAAGCUCAAGAAGAGCUCGACGCUCGGAUCGGCAAGCAGAGGCACGUGGAAGAAGCGGACAUCGCCGGCCUAACUUAUCUCCAACCUGUGGUGAAGGAGAUCCUCCAUUUACAGCCAACGGUCCUGCUCUCUCCGCCGUGCCUAUUCAGCGAGGACUGCACUGUCGGUGGGUAUCAUGUGCUUAAGGGUACACAGCUGAUCAUGAACGUCUCAAAAGUCCACACCGACUCUAGGACAUGGCCAGACCCACUGGAGUUCAGGCUCGAGAGGUUCUUAAGCAGUCACAAGGACGUCGACGUGUAA